CUUUCUCAACAAUUCACAACUUACUUGCUUAGUAUUUUGGCAAAUUACAAUUGGCAGAUGUUAUUCAAUGCCACAAUUAACUUAUUACGUGGCUAAAGUUAAAUGAAGUAGAAUUAAUUACAGAACAAAGAAAGAAAAUGAUUCUCGCAAAAUAAAUAUUCCGGAUUGUGAGUGAUUUUUGUUUGGUUUUUACUUUUGUAGCAUUAUGUUCUAUUUCCGGGUUGUCUUGAGUUGUAGAGGUUGAAACAUAGGUGCUAUCAUAAUUUGGUGUUUGGUUUGGAUAAUCCACUCUGGACAACCAAUAUUCCUAGUUAAAAUCAAUCAACCAUGGAUCGGGACGAUCUUCAAGAAAUUCCGUCGUCAGAUGAUGAUGACGACGCAACUGAGCUGCGUGGGCGGCUCCAAAAGUUAACAGCACGUGGCGGAGGGAUCAACAGUCCAGAGUUCACCUCCCCCAUCGGAAGUCCGCCUGGUGAAGACAGCGUUUUAAGUGCCAAAGGACGAUUUAUGGAGAUGAAGCGCAUGAUGCAGGAAGACAAGAAAAGAAGAAAAUCUAAAAGAAAAUCAAAGGUUGCAACCGAGAAGGACCCAGACGUCGAAGGGUUUGAAGAAAUCGGAGGCGAUCCGGAAGAAUGGGAGGGUGGUGAAGAAGGUUCUAUUUCUCCAGCCUCCUACACUGAUGAUGUUGAACAGCUCCUGCAAAGUUUUCGAAGUGAACGGGCUGGAGAUCGAGACCUGAGCUUGGUCACUCAUCGACUUGAAAAUCACCCCAGAAUGAUGGAGGUUUGUCAACAAUUACGCGAACGAGAUCAAAAUAUUUUAAGGCUCGAGGGAAAAGUAUUGGAGCUUGAUCGGCAAGUUAUCGAUCUCCAGGAUACCUUAAGUGAAAAAGAAAAACUACUAAAUUCCAAAAAUGAUGCGGUCAACUGCAUGGUCGCCAAAUACCAGCAGAGCAUAGCCGACAGAGAUACUGAGCUUUCAAAAACGCAACAAACCUUAUUUGAAUUGGAGAAAAAAUUUGGUACUGCUCAAAAUAACUGGAAAACUGAGAAGGAUCGACUGAAUGCAGAAAUUAAGCAACAGAAUCAACGCCUAAAAGACUUAGAUGAUACCAACAAGCUACUCCAAGCAUCCAGAGUUGAGCAGACUUCAAGAGAUAUAGAAUUAGAAGAAAAACUUUCAGUGCUAAAGGAAGACAGGGAUCGGCUGACUCAAGAAAACGUAGCAAUUCAGGCACAUUUAGACCAAGUUGUGGGAGAAAAGGGAACACUGGAGCAAACUCUUUCUGAAAAGACUGACGAAUUGAAUAAGACAAUUAACGAGUUACAUAUUCAAAUAGAAACUUCAGUCAGUAAAACUAAAGAAGAUUAUGAAGCUAAACUAACCAAAAUUAAGAAACAAUUUGCAUUAAAGCUAAAAUCGGUUAAGGAGACGGCAGCUGAUGCUGCAGAGAGUUCGACUGUGCAAGAUUUGCGCACACAAUUGAACGAAUCCCUGGAAAAAUUAAAUCAGCAAGCUCAACAGGCUGAAAUCUUCCUAACAGAAAAAUCAACUUUAGAAAACGAAAUCGACCACCUAAAAUCUGAACUUGCAGAAAAAUCAACUCUUGAAAACGAAAUCGACCUACUAAAAUCUGAACUUUUAGAAAAAUCAAAUAUCAUUAUUCCUCCUCUUCCACUUCCAGAGGACAACACGGAAGAAAUUGCCCAACUCCUUCAACAAAUUUCUACCCUAAAUAGUCGCAUAAUUGAAGUUGAAUCAGGGAAAGAAUCUGCUGUUUCUCUUCUUGGUGAAGAAUUGUCUCAAUUAAAAACUGAGAAAUCCACAGCAGAAAAAGACUUUAACGAGCGACUUGCCGAGUAUGAACAGAACUUUGAACGAACUAUGGACGAUUAUGAAAAACGCUUAGAAAAUCAAGACAAGUUGGAGAAAGACGUGGAAGAACUCAAAACUGCGUUAGAAAAAUCAAAGGAACAACUAAGCAAGAUGAAGAAACAGUUCCAAGCGAAAUUGAAAGCGGCAAGAGAAAGUACACACCCGAGUGGAGAAGGAAUAGGAAAUGUAGACUCUGAAUUGCAAGCAAAAUACAACGCCCUAGAGCAACGCAAUAUUGAAUUGGAGGAAGAAAAAGGAAAUAAUCUUUGGAUUCAAGAGGAACUCGCUCAAUUAAAACAAGAAAAGGAAUCGCUGCAAAAUGAACACGAUUCUGCGAUUGCAACUUAUCAAAACCAAAUAGAAGAACUGAAAUCGUGCCUGGAUAAGGCGGCUGAUCAGAUUAAUCAAUUCGAGCAGAAACAGUCUCAUCAACAGCAACAGCAGAGUCCCGACUCGGGACAUGUGAAUUUCUUUACAUCUAUGAUGGAAAGCUCCUCUGGUGAUGGGGUUGGCAGUUGGGAGUCACAGACCAGAAUCACCGACCUGGAGCAUCAAGUAGCCACUCUGGAAGAAGAAAAAGGUAGUGGUUUCCUAGUCGAAGAAGACGUUGGGCGAUUAAAGCAAGAACGUGAACAAUUAGAGGCCGAAUUCCAAGAAAAGAGUGCAGCCUAUGAAGUUAAGAUAACUCAAUUGGAAGAACAGUUGACCAAAUCUACGGAACAAUUAGCAAAAAUGAAGCGACAGUUUCAAAUUAAAUUGAAAUCCUUACGGGAUGAAAAUGCAAAAGCCAGUAGCACGUCUUCCUCUCCAUGUCCUCCAGAAAUUGAUGUUAAAUUGUUCGAAGAAAAGAUAACCAGUCUCGAGAAUAAAGUUGCUGAGCUAGAGGAGGAGAAAGGUAAUCUGCUCUUACAAAUUUUACAAAUGGAAGACUCCAUGCCAGGUUCCGAUGAGCAGCAAGCUCAACGCGCGACAGCAGUCAUGCAAGAAAGUACGCCAGCAUCUGCAGAAGAUACCAUCCGCCUCGAAAUUGAAUUAUCUCAGCGUGAAGAAGAAGUUCGCCAAUUGAACGACCAACUCAGAGAAUUUACGUCUGCUUUAAGUCAAAAGAACGUCGAGGUGGAACAGCUCAUGAAAACUUGUUCAGAAUUGGAGCAAUCCCUGCAACAAAACAUUGAAGAAUUGAGCACAUCAAUUUCUACGAAAGAUGACGAAAUUAAUUCACAAAUUACUGCGAAGGACGUCCAAUUAGCGGCAAGCGUGGCCACGUUGGCCGAAAAGGAAGUUCAUAUCGAGGAAUUGAGGAGAAAAUUGACAGACACCGAAUCAAGAUUCGAAGAGAUGAAAGCACUCGUGCAGGAAUAUCAAAGCAUGGUCGACGGUGUCCGGAACCAUGACCAAGAGGAGCUCACAUCCCUGAAAGAAGAAUUGGAAUCCAUCCGUGAAAAAGCUUCCUGUGCUGAACAAUCUUACGAAGUAAUGAAAGCUUCUUACAUUUCUGACUCGAAUCAAAGGCACGACACCAUCACUCAGCUAGAACAAGACUUGAGCACCCUCCGUACUGACUAUAACGAGAAAACUGUCUCGUACGACAAACUAAAAGCCAAAUAUGAUAAGAAAGAAUCCGAGUUUGUCACGCAAAUCGAAACCCUGAGUGCACAAUUGGCAUCGUAUGAAACGGAAAUUGAAACCCUUCGCUCAAACAUGGAAGGAAAUAUGCAAACUGUCGAUUUGCAAAAUAGCUCAGCCGCUGCAGAAUUAGAAGAAAGAGAAAAACAAUUCAAACUAAUGGAACAACAAUUAAUGGAGGACAUUUCCGCCAAGAAUCAGCAAAUUCAGGCAUUAAAUUUGGAACUGGAAAACUCGAAACUUGAAGCCGAUCCUAUUCGGGAGGAAAAUGAAACAUUCAAGAAGCAACUUGGCGAAUAUGCUGCCUACGCAGAAUCCCUCAAGAACGAGCUGGACUCAUUCCGAGGUCAUUAUUCCAACAUGGAGUCAAACUAUAACCAAAUGUACGCCGAUUUAACACAGAAAUCUGCUCAAUUGGAACAACUUUCCCACUCUGAGACUGAAGCUUCUACUCUGACAGCAUCUCUUCGUGCCCAAGUUUCUGAAGGAGAAGAAAAACUUGUUCAAAUUAAUACCACGCUCUCCAUCCUGGAGCAAGAUAAGGCUUCCCUCAUUCUUCAAGUGGAACAGCUCACGCAGGACGGUGACGCCCUCCGUGCCAAACUCACUGGGAUGACAAACGAAUAUAUUCAACUGAGAGAAUCGCUAGAAUCAAAGGACACUGAAGCCCAGCGUUUACGACAAGACGCAGACACUCUGCAGUCUGAAUAUUCCCACUCUAGUAAUGAACUAAAACUGAAAAUAUCCUCGUUGAUGGAUCAGUUAAACGAUUGUGAAAAUGAAAUUAGUGUCGUAUCAACCCGGUUGAAAGAAUCGGAUGAUAUCUGCGUUGAAACUAGGGCAAAGUUGGCAGAGACUGUCGCAUCGUUAGAAGAAAAGUCCAAGAUUCUCGAGGAUAAAUCCAAAACACUGGAAACUGUGGAAAAUACACUAUUUGAAAAGACAGAAGACACGCUAAGAUUGGAGGAAAAGCUUAAAGAAACGGAGGAAAAACAUCGUCUCGAAAUGGAAGCUAAUUUUGUCAAGUAUUCUGACGACGUGGACGCAACAUAUGAUCAAUUGGCUCUCGUCGCUAGUGAAAAUCUUACAUUACAAGAGCAACUGAGAAAGAAGGAGGAGGAAUUGAAAGACGUUCGACAACAUCAAGUUGAUUUGUCAUCCAGUUCGAAUUUGAAGCAUGAGUUGACCAAUUGUCGGGAAAGAAUUUCCAAUCUUGAAGCUGAAUUAAAUCUAACUUCUCAACAGUUCGAAGAACUACAAGCGUACACGGCACAGCAAUCAACUCGGGUGGAAGAACUCCUGAAAGAAGUUGACGACAAGAAGGACCGGUUGACUCAAUUGUCUGUAGAGUUGGAAGAAUUGAAAACUAUUCAACACCAGCAAGUAUCACAACAAUGGUCUGCAGUUCAACAACAAGUACAACAGUCUCCCCCAGUACAAUCAACUCAAAGUUUGUGGGGUCCGCCUCAAAAUGAUGAAGAUCCUUUCGCCACUAUUUUGUCAUCACUACCACCCCCGCAAAGCGGUGUUGCUCCGUCCUCUUCUUCCACCACAACCACUACCACAGCUCAAACCGAAACUGAUGCUGCCGUUACUGCUGAACUACUAUUAGAAUCACAAGUGAAUCAGGUGCGAAUUAAAGAACUUGAAACCCAAGUCAUCGAACUCGCCGCAGAAUUGGAAGAAGUUCGAAACUUGCAACGGAGCGAUGACCAACAGCGUAACAUGUGGGGACCACCACCACCACCGUAUCAACAGGAACGUGAUGCUCAGGAUCCAUUCGGAGCCGAUGUUCCGCCCUAUCCAGAGGAGCCACCUCGGAGAGUCGAUACUGUUGCUGUGACGACUACGACUGAUGGUCUUUCUCAAGAAGCUCAUGAUGAGCAACUACGCCAAAGGGAUCAGCGAAUUUACGAUCUUGAAGUCCAGCUCGCCGAAUUACAGAUCAGCAUUGAUGACGCCAAUUUGCAACUUGGUGAAGUCACGGAACUUAAGACCAGCUUGGAAGUCCUUACCUACAAAAUUAAAGAACUUGAAGAUGAGAAUUCAAAACUGAGACAGGAAUUACAACAAGAACGAGCUAAACCUCCGAAGGAAAUAUUCAUUCCGCCAACGCCGUCCACAUCAACUCCACAUCAACAACAAGGUCAAGGUCUCGUCGCAGUCGAAGAACCACUAAUUGUCCCAUCAACUGCGUAUGUCACCACUCCGGAGCAACAAUCCGCUCCUCCAUCGGCCGACUUGUUGGAAAACGCCUCGAAAGAAAUUAAAGAGCUAAAGGUCAAGAACGGAAAAAUGAUUCAACGUUUCAAACAACUCAAGGACAAAUAUGACGCGGUCGUGAAGGAGAACGAAGGUUUCAAAACUAAAAAGGAAUUCUCUCUUGAUUCUGCGUUUGAGGAUGAGUUCUUUUCCCAAGUGAAGGCGAAGGAUGACCUCCUUGAAGAAAAGGGAAAACAGUUGGUCGAGCUUCAAACUGAGAAUAAACGUCUCACUGAGAAGAUUGAUCUGCUCGAGAGGGGAACGGAACGUCUCACGGAGAUGAAGGAGGAACAGGAUCGUGCCGUUCAGAGCUUAUCUGGAAGUAAACGUGCCCUCGAGACGGAGGUUUCAGCUUUAAAGUGGAAAAUGGAAGAGUUGGAGAAUCUUUCGCUGAGUAGAGUUGCAGAUCCUUCUUCUUUUGUGGAGGGUGGUGCUGGUAGUGUUAGUCACGAUGGUCAAGAUGUAGAUUCAAGAAGUGGUGAAUUACAGAAUCAGGGAUAUUUUGAUUUAGGUGCAACAAAUCCGGAUGUACAGGAAAAUUUUACCCUACGGCAACAAAAUCUUGUCCUUAGUCAAGAAAUCCAAGUUCUCCAACAAGAAAUCGCAGUGCAAAAGAAAUCCGCGGACGAUCUUGCGGAAAGGAAUGAACAGUUGGAAGAUGAACUAGAAAAGAUGCAAGAAUUGCAGAUUGACCAACGGAUGCGAACCCCUACGCCAAACAUGCAGCAAAAACAACAACAUCUGCAACAAGAGCAACAGCAAACUCUUCCCAUCUUUCCUCCGCAAGGAGAUUAUGUCGACUCGGCAACUCUGCAAAUUCCACCUCCUCAAUUAAGUCCAAACAAUCAACACGCCACUAUCGACACUCAAAUCACUUCCCUGCAAUCCCUUCUCCAAUCCGAGCAACAAGAGAAGAUCGUUCUAGAAAGAAAAAUUGAGCUUUUACAAUCAAAAAUAUCAGAAAUAGAAAUAUCCGAGAUAAAAUGUUUCGAGGAAAGCUUAAUGUUAAAGGGAUGGACGCGACAGUUGGAGCUUGACAAUUUAAAAAUUCAACGAGAAAUGGAGCGAAUUUAUGGCAGCAUUCAAGACGGCGAUACCGGCAAUAUUAAAGCCAAGGUGCUACAAGAUGAAAUUAUCAGGUUGGUGGAUACCCUCCAUGAUCGAGACAAGAGGUGUGAGCAGCUAACAGUGGAAAUUACACGGCUUCUUGAAGAACGGGACACUCUCCAACUAAAACUGUCUAACGCACUUCGUCACAACGUGUCACUUCAUGAAGAAGUCUACAAAGGAAAAGAUGCUUCUCUACCUCACGAUGACAUUCCAUCCUACAAUAAAGAAGAGUUGCAACUGAAAUUGGCCGAACUGGAGCAGAUGAACUAUUCGAUGGGGAUUGAUCUUCGAAGGGAACGCGAAGCCAGGAGACUUGUGCAAGAGCAACUAUUUUUCUCCAGCUCGUCCAGAAUAUAUCCUGGCAGUGGAGGGAGGCAGCAACAGUCAUCGCCUUCACCGAGCAGAAGUCCGAGACCUUUGCCUACCACGCCACCCCCGCUUCCAUCACCAACACAAAUGAGUCAUUCCUCAAUCCCUCCUCCUCCCUCCGCUGCAACUAUACAGUUCGCAUCACCGCAUUCCCCUUAUCCUGAAAGUCCAUCAAUGACUAGUACUCCCGGUUAUGAUGUGACCACUCAAUUCCAACAGUAUCCCCAAGAUCCUGCAAAUUAUCCAUUAUUUCCACCUCCUGUCGAUGUGAUCCAACCCCCCACAAUGCAAGUACAAUCAGGAGUCCUUCCACCCCAAGUUCCCCAAAAUGAGGGUCCAUCCUUAAAUGUUCCCCCACCUCCUACUACCCAACAUUUGUUUAACAUUUAAAUAAUUUCCAUAUAUAACAAAUUACUAGGUUGACAAAGUGUUAUGCAAAUUUCUAAAAACAAGUGCCUCUUUAAACAGUAGCUUUAUGAUUUGAUUGGAAUACUAACAAAAACGUGCCGUUUCAGAUAAUCGUGUGAAUCAUAUGAUGUGAUUAAGAAAAUAUUUUUAUCGGAUGCAAUAGUCAAUUCAUAAUAAUUUUGUGUAACAUUUUUUUUGAUAUAAAGUUAAAAUCAAUUAUUUUGUCAACGCCAAAGAAUAUAAUAAAUUAUGCGACUGAAAGCCAAGAUUGCUUGACAGUUUAUCAUAAUGCAAUGUAAUUAUUACUAAAGUUGUCAAGCAACCUUGACUGAAAGCGUGUCUUCCAGAGUAUGAAAACGGUGUGGUGUGGUUUGAUUUGGGCUAUGGCUUUGUAAAAUAUAUUUUAUUACCAUAGCCAUACUAUGCAAAAAUAUAGAUAUGCAUGUAUGUAUACUGACUUGUGAAAUGUUUCAAGAGAUUCUGGACCUAUUUCUUCUAACAACUUUGGGGAGGGGAAAUCGUCUGAGCGAAAGGAGACAUGGAUGUCACACGCGCUGCUUGAUUUUGCUGUGGAGCUCUUCAUAUUUUGAGUUCAAUUUCGUAAAUAUAUUUCCAUUUUAAAAAUAAAAUAUCACAAUUGUUCCGGGCAUGUCUUUUCAUGAUCACAGUUAUGUCGAACAAUAAAAAGCUAUUUUAUAAACUCUA